AUGAAUGAAAUCUGUUUGACAUAAAACUAUUAGUUAUUUCAAAUGCUUUAUCUUUAUCUUCAAAAACAUGGAUAGAAUAUUAGCAAUUUAUCAAUGACUAAACUCCUUGAAUUAUUUAUCUCUAAUUGGGAAAAUACAUACUCAAAAAAAGAAAUUAAAAUUGCUUAAUUCAAGAGAACAAUAUUCUAAAAAUCUUAAGAAAUUGCUGCAUAUCAAAAUAAUAUUGAUACAUAAUAAUAAAUUAUAAGCAAUAUCAAAAACAUAAGAGAAAAAUUCCAUAUUGAUCUUGAUUUUAAGGAUGUUCAAUUAUAACAGAUUGAAAAAUCGAUAAAUUCAAUUAAUAAAAACCCUUCAAUUAAUUAGAAGAUGCAAGACCUCAAAGAAGGAAUAAACAUCUGUACAGAGCGCUUUCUUUUAAUAAAAGAAGAGAAUGAAGAAUUCAAUAAAACUUUGAUUUCAUAAGGAUAGUUAAACUUAUAAUUAAAAAAUCGUUAUUAAUUUGUAAAUAUAGUAUUAAAUUUUGAAGGUUCAAAAUUAAAUUAAAAAUAAUCACAUGUUGUUAGAUGAGCUUAAAGAAAAUCAUGCGAAUCUUAAUAAUAGAUUGAUUAAAUAAUUAUAAAUAGUAAUAGAUUUAGAUUAGUUUAAUAAAAGAAAACCAUUAAAUAAAAAACGCAAUUAAGUUUUUGAUACUUCUAAAAAUACUGAAGAUACAUGUAUGUAAUUGUUAUAUUUAUUUUGAGUACGUUAUGAAAUUGAAAGAGUUGAUUAAUGAAUAAAGUGAAUUAGAACUAAGUUCAAAAUAUAAUAUUUUAGAGAUCCUUGAAAAUAUUCUUGAAAUUAAAGAUUAAUUAUCUUAAAUUAAUUUUAAAGAUAAUUAACAAACAUAGCAUAAAGAUAAACAAAAAGAUAAUUAAAUAUCAAUUCUUUAAAAAUUCAGAUCUAAAACUCAUCAUAAUCUUUUUGAAAAAGGUUAAAGAAAACUGUCAUAAUAUAGAGAAACUUAAGUAUAAGAUUAAAUUGGUUUACAAUAAAGAGAAUAGGAUGAAAUAGAGGAAAAUGAUAGUUAAUAUCAUUAAAGAUGUAUAUCACCUAAAUAACCUUGGCAUUUUAAAUCAGUGAUAGUAGAUAGUAAUAAGAAUUCAGAAAAGAUAAUGGAGUAUUAAAGUGAAUAAUAGAUUAAGUCUUAAAAUUAGAAAUCCCUUGCAUCAAUUUCUUCAGAUGAUAGUUUUCAUCGGAUAGGAGUUAUAACUCUAAAAGAAGAAUUAUAAACUGUUUAUUCAUAUGAUUAAACAUAAGAGGAUAAUAAAGAAUAUACAAUUUAUUGUGAUGAUAAUGAUGAGAGAAAUGAAAUAGUUAUGAAAAUGUAAUAAAUUUUACAUGAAUCAUAAUAAGAAAAGAAUGAAUCAGUUACUAAAAAUAGAAGAAACAUUGAAAUUAUUAGUUUAGUUUUGAUGACAAUAGGAGUUACUGGAUGGUUAUAUAUGAAAAAAAAAUGA